GAACAGACUAAAGACAUUCAGGAUUGUCCUCCGUGGCUGCAAUCCUAUUAACGCUUAGAACUCAGGGCGCUGAAGCAACAUGCCCAGAGUCAUGUUUCAGUAAGGUCAUAUUUUUCAAACUGAGUGUGUGAUAUUAAAAGAAGCCAGAAUUAUCCAAAAUGUCAUACAGAAAAGAACUAGAGAAAUACAAAGAUCUGGAUGAAGAUCAGAUCCUUGGAGCAUUGACAGAAGAAGAAAUCAAGAUGCUAGAGGAGGAACUGGUAGAACUAGAUCCAGAUAAUGCGUUGUUACCUGCAGGAAUGAGGCAGAGAGACCAAACCAAAAAAACACCUACUGGUCCCUUUAAAAGGGAUGAUCUUCUGGCACACUUGGAGAAGCAGGCGAAUGAUAUUAAAGACCGAGAAGAUCUAGUUCCUUUCACAGGGGAGAAAAGAGGUAAAGUCUGGGUCCCCAAGCCGAAAGCUAUUGAUCCGGUUUUGGAAAGUGUAACUCUGGAACCGGAACUGGAGGAGGCACUAGCAAAUGCUUCAGAUGCUGAGCUCUGUGAUAUUGCUGCUAUCCUUGGCAUGCAUACCCUGAUGAGUAACCAGCAAUAUUAUGAAGCGCUUGGAAGCUCAACUAUAGUCAACACAGAAGGAUUGGACAGUAUAAUUAAACCCACACAAUACAAACCAGUUCCUGAUGAACCAAAUUCAACUGAUAUAGAAGAAACCUUGGAACGAGUGAGAAACAAUGAUCCAGAUCUUGAAGAAGUCAAUCUCAACAAUAUUAAGGACAUCCCCAUACCGACCUUAAAAGCCUACGCUGAAGCCCUGAAGAACAACUCCUAUGUGAAAAGGUUCAGCAUAGUAGGAACAAGAAGCAAUGACCCUGUCGCUUAUGCACUGGCAGAAAUGUUAAAAGUCAACGGUGUACUGAAGAGCUUGAAUGUGGAAUCAAAUUUCAUCUCUGGAUCAGGAAUCCUGGCCUUGAUAGAAGCUCUCCAGAAUAAUACAACACUGAUGGAGCUAAAAAUUGACAACCAGAGCCAGCUUCUGGGCAACAAGGUGGAAAUGGAAAUUGCCAGUAUGUUAGAAAAAAAUACAUCUCUCUUGAAGUUUGGGUACCACUUCACUCAGCAAGGCCCUAGACUUCGUGCCUCAAACGCCAUGAUGACUAAUAAUGACCUUGCUCGUAUACGUCGAUGUGAUGGCCUCUGGCAUAACACCUCAGCCCCGGAACUGGAAGAUGUAUAAUGAGGAAGAGGCGGCUUGCAGACCUGAAUGGACCCAUCUUUCCCAAGUGCCGGACUGGGGUGUAGUUCUCAGCUAUGAAGAUGGUUCUGGCAAGCUUGUGCUGGACUGUUAAGUCUCGUGGCAGAACAACUGUGCAGUGAAUUUGUGGUGCCUGUUUUUUUUUUGUUCCCCCUCUCCAUAUCGCAUCCUUGUGCACUAAAGGUUUAAACUAAUUAGUGACUGUAGGCAAAGAUCUUUUUCUUACCAGAGUAUGGGUAAUGACAUCUUUUUUGAGAGUAAUCCAAAGUUUGAGCCUGUUAACCAGAUGAUAAUGUUGGAUUCUGAUCACACACACUGCAGCACAAAGAUGGCUUGAACUGAUAGUUAGACUGCAGCCUCAUUUCAGUAUGGAUUUUUGUGUGGCGUAGUGUGCAUGAGUAGUUAAACAACAGUAACAACAAGAAGACGACGACAUAAUACUACUCUGCAGAUGUAGCAGAAACAUUUUUAAAAACACUUUAUUUUUUGUCUUGAUCUCAAGAAUUAGGAAAAAAAACUUUCUACUCUGACAGCAUUUCUGUCAUCCUAAUGUACCAUUAAUUUAAGGACAUGUGAAUUGCAAUCAGUGAGCAACAUCCACAGCCCAAAAUUGCCAUCCAGUUUUAAAAGCAUCUAUUUGUUGAAUCUAGGCAUCCAAUAGAAAGAAUGUAAGGCCACUCUUUUUCUAAGCAAUAGUCACAAGAAAAAAGACAGCUGCUGAAUGGGAUGUUGGUCUUUUUUUUUUUUUUUUUUUGCUGAAGAAUUCAAGACCAUAAAAUAGUGAACCUUGUCCUCUUAUACCUCCUGAUGAUACACACAAGCCUUCUUGUUCUUGUGUUUCUUGGGGAUGACUACUUCAUUUAUUUGUUACACUUUUAUUCUGAUCCAGAGAAUUGCCCUUGCUAUUGUUGUGGAUUUAGAUGGACAGUCCUGUCAAUCAAAUGGCUCUUUUGUGGGGAGCAUGAUCUUUCACUGUGCUCAUUGGAUGGGAAGGUUAUCGGUAGUACGAUGGACUUGCACUACCUCCAACCUCCUUAGCUGUCAGGAUGAACUUAACAGAUUGUGCCACCUCGAUGAUCAUGCAACAUUGCCCCAUUCCCCCCUUGAGAAAACUGCAAUCUGUCCUCCCCACUGAAGGAAAGUGCAAGAGUGUCAGGAAAGCAACAGAAAAGGUGUAUUGGGGUGGAGGGGCCCUUAAACACGCCAGACACCAUCAGGCCCUGUAGUUUGGCUCAAAGCCAAUGGAUGCAAUCCAUUGAGUGAUGUUGCUGGACAACGUAUAUGACAUGGAGCCCACGCAACUCAGUAAAAUCAAUGGAGGGUGAUUUGCAACAGUGCUUGAUGGGUUGCACCCAGCCUUCUGAUGAACUGCUGCUUGUAAAUUAUGCCUUAAUAAAGUAUUGCUCACCGAU